AUGUUACCAAAAAUAUUCAAAUUUUCAAAAUAUUUACAUUCCCAAAUUCGUUUUUAUUCCAAACUAUUGCCGCAGCCCACAAGGAAUAUUUUUCCGAAAUACACUGGAAUAUUCAUAAAUAAUGAGUGGGUCAAAUCAGAAUCAGGGUCAACAUUUCCAACGAUUAAUCCUUCAAAUGAAGAGGUGAUAUGUCAAAUAGAAGAAGGUAAAGCAGAAGAUAUUAAUAAAGCUGUAAAAGCAGCUAAAAAAGCAUUUGAUAUAAAUUCACCAUGGAGGAAAAUGGAUGCAUGUGAAAGAGGCAAUCUUUUGCAAAAAUUGGCCGAUUUGAUUGAAAGGGAUCGUGCUUAUUUAGCUAGUUUAGAAACUCUUGAUAAUGGUAAACCAUAUUCCCAAUCCUACAAUGUUGAUUUAGGGCUCACUAUAAAGUGUUACAGAUAUUUCGCGGGUUGGGCUGAUAAAAUACACGGUAAAACCAUUCCAUUAGAUGGCAACUUCAUGUGCAUGACUCGUAGAGAACCGGUCGGGAUUUGCGGGCAAAUUAUCCCCUGGAAUUUUCCUUUGCUCAUGCAAGCAUGGAAAAUGGGGCCAGCCUUAGCCGCCGGUAAUACUCUCGUGCUAAAACCGGCCGAACUAACUUCGCUUUCGGCUCUUCACGUGGCCGAAUUGACAGCUGAGGCGGGUUUUCCACCAGGUGUUAUCAAUGUGGUUCCGGGUUUCGGCCCAACUGCUGGAGCUUCAUUAGCUCAACAUCCCGACGUGGACAAAGUCGCCUUCACUGGAUCUACCGAGAUAGGCAGGGAAAUCUUAAAAUACGCAGGUUCAAACAAGGAUCUUAAAAGAGUGUCUCUUGAGUUAGGUGGAAAAUCACCUAAUAUAAUAUUCGCUGAUUGCGAAAGUAUAGAUAAAGCCGUUGAACAAUCUCAUUUCGCUCUGUUUUUCAACAUGGGACAAUGCUGUACCGCCGGUUCUAGGACUUUCGUCGAAGAAAAGAUUUAUGACGAAUUCGUCAGCAAAAGCAAAACCCUUGCCCUUUCCCUCCACGACAAAAUGGGGGAUCCUUUUGAUCUCAAAACGGAGCACGGUCCUCAGAUCAACAAGGAGCAAGCCGAUAAAAUAUUGGGUUUUAUCAAAUCUGGCAUAGAUCAAGGAGCCUCAUUGCUGACAUCUAAUAAAAAUGAUUAUCAUAAAAUCCCUACUCAAAAGGGUUUCUACGUAAAACCCGCCGUUUUUAGUGAUGUUCUUGAUGGGAUGGAUAUAGCCAAAGAGGAGAUAUUUGGCCCGGUGCAACAAAUUAUUAAAUUUAAGAAUAUCGAUGAAUUGUAUGAAAGAGCUAACAAAACCAUAUAUGGAUUGGCUGCGGCGGUAUAUACCAAAGAUAUAGAUAAAGCCAUGAUGCUAGCUCAAAUUAUAAGAGCUGGGACCAUUUGGAUAAAUUGUUAUGAUAUAUUUGAUGCCGCUGCCCCGUUUGGCGGAUUUAAACAAUCCGGCCUAGGACGCGAGAAAGGGGAAGAUGGCUUGUAUGGUUAUAGCGAAACAAAAACGAUUACGAUCAAGAUUCCACAAAAGAUAUCAUAAAUAACAAUAUUUUCCAAUUAGUAGACAAUCAGAUUAAAAUUAUUUAAUUUAAUAUAUUCUGAAAUCAAUAUUUAAUUAUAUUAGUUUAUACCAAGAAAUUUAUU